CCUUCUACCCUUCUCUCUCUCUCUCCUUCUCUGGCUUUCUCUCUCUAGAUUCAGAGAAGAGCAGAGCAGCUUGUUUGGUAGUACGUACUACAUAGUAUUAUAUCGUAGAGAAAAGAUAAUUAAUUAGGAAAGAUGUUGCUGGGAAAGAGGCCACGCCCUCCAAUGAAGAGGACGACGAGUAUGACGGAGAUAACCUUUGAUCUGAGCACCAACGACGAGAUGAUGAGCUCUCAGCCAUCUGAUCCUCACAAUCCCUUCAAGGUUGAUGUCCGACAACAGGAUCAACGGCUCCUGGCAGCUCAUAAUCACAAUAAUAAUAAUAGUAAUCACAUGAUGAUGGCCUCCCCCAGAAACCAUAGGAGAAAUUCCGCUGAUUUUGUUGAGACCUCUCACUUCUUGAGAUCUUGCUCUCUCUGUCGGAGGCGCCUUGUCCCUAAUCGUGAUAUUUACAUGUAUAGAGGAGAUAGUGCGUUUUGCAGUCUAGAGUGCCGCCAACAGCAGAUGAACCAAGACGAGAGAAUGGAGAAAUGCUCUUUGGCGUCAAAGAAAUUAGAAGUUGUGUCGUCGUCGGCUUCCGCCGCCAGAUCAUCCCAAGUCACCGCCAAAGGCGAAACCGUCGCCGCCUUGUAACCGGCAAGACGGUCCUUGCGAAGAUAUAUAUAUAUAUAUAUAUAUAUAUAUAUACACAGAUCGCACAUAAAAAGGGGCUUUGGAUGGGGUCUAGAGGUACAUAUAUAUAGAUAUAUAUAUGUAUAUGUGAAUGCAAAAAUGGGCAAAUUUUGAAGCUUCUUGUAUUUUCAUAUGGGCUAGUACUCGAACGAAAUAUACCACUUCCCAAGUUCCAACUUUGUACUUCUUUUCUCCUAUUAUUUUUCCUUUUCCUAGAAAUGGGAUAAAAUUGCAAAUCUACAAAAGUUAAUUAAGUCAAUAUUGUACCAAAUUAAUUAAUUUUCUUCA